AUGACGACUUAUCCUGUCGAGGAGAAGAAGACCCCGAUCGAAGAUAAGGGUUUCUUCAGCUCGGAUUCGGACCACGAGACUGGCUCCGUUGACACGAUUGCUGCGUUGGUUCAAGAAGACCACAGCCAUGAGAUCCAACUCCGCACAAUGUCCUGGCAAAAGGCCGCCUGGCUCCUCGCCGGUGACCAAGUAUGUCUUGCCAUCAUGGCCCAGACUUGGUCUCUCUCGGUCCUCGGCUGGGUCCCUGGGAUUAUCACCAUGGUGGUCGCCGGCGCGCUCUUCUGGAUCACGUCCAUCACCAUGCACAAGUUCAUCAUGAAGCAUCCCCAGAUCAGAGACAUCUGCGACUUCGCCUACUACGCCUGUGGGAAGUCAAGCAUCGCGUACGAGUUUGCCGGUUUCAUGCUGCUCGCCAACAACAUCAUGCUGAUCGGGUUCCACGUCCUGACCGGCGCCAAAAUCCUGAACACGCUCUCCGAUCACAGUCUUUGCACUGUUGUGUUUUCCAUCGUCGUUACCAUCAUGGGUAUCGUGUGCUCGGCUCCGCGAACCCUGAACCACGUCUCGUUCAUGUCCAUGUUCUCGGCAGCCUGCAUGGGCAUCGCCAUCCUGCUCUUCCUGAUCUUCGCCGGCAUUGAAGAUGCCCCCUUCUAUGGCUACGGAGGCAACUACCCGACCCUGGGCGCGGUCAAGACCUACGCGCUCCCCCAAGCGGGCACCGACUGGGUCGCCUGCAUGAACGCCGUCCUGAACAUCACCUUCCUCUGGGUCCCGCAGAUCCUGUUCCCGACCUUCAUCUCCGAGAUGGAGCGGCCGCAGGACUUCCCCAAGGCCCUCGCCGUGCUGGCCGGUAUCUCGAGCGUCCUGUUCAUCGUGCCGCCGGCCAUCGGCUUCCACUACCUCGGCCAGUACUCGACCGCGCCGGCCUUCGGGUCCCUCGGCGUCGUCGCCUACAAGAAGGCCUCCUUCGCCUUCGUCAUCGUGCCGACCAUCGUCAUCGGCGUCAUCUACGCCAACGUCACGGGCAAGUUCAUCUACUUCCGCAUCCUGGGCCGCAGCCGGCACGCCCACAGCCACACCCUCACCGGCUGGGGCCUCUGGGCCGGCCUGAUGGUCGCCAUCUGGGCCAUCGCCUUCGUCUUUGCCGAGGUCAUCCCUUCCAUGGGCGACUUCCUCUCCCUGCUCGGCGCCGCCUUCGACUCCUUCUUCGGCUUCAUCUUCUUCGCCAUCGCGUACGCGCAGCUCUACCGGGGCCGGUACUGGACGGGCCCGGGACGCAGCCUCAUGACGGCCAUCCACAUCUUCGUCAUGGCGUGCGGCCUGUUCUUGCUGGGCCCGGGCCUGUACGCGGCGGUCAAGGCCAUCAUUACUGACUAUUCCGGCGCCACGAGCCCGGCGUUCAGUUGCGCCAAUGUGGCUAUCUAA